GCCAGAAAACCCAAGAAAAGGGCCGCAGAGCCGUGCCCAUCUGCCCCCAGCAAGCACCUCAUCAAUCUGAAGUCAACCAGGGCUUUCUCCCCAGCCAAUACAGCACCAUGGAUCGGUUCCGGAUGAUCUUCCAAUACUUCCAGUCCAAUUCUGAGUCGGUGAUGAAUGGGAUCUGUGGGCUGCUAGCCCUGGCUAGCGUGAAGAUGUAUACUUCCUUUGACUUUAACUGCCCCUGCCUGCCCAAGUACAACAUGGCUUACGGUUUGGGGAUCAUGUGUCUGCCCCCAAUGGCCCUCUUUCUCUGUGGUCUCAUUCUCAACAGACAGUCUCUGGUGAUGCUGGAGGAGUGGAAAAGACCGACUGGAGGCAGAAAGAAGGAUCUGGCCAUCAUCAGGUACAUGUGCUCCUCCAUCAUGCAGCGAGCCAUGAUUGCUCCUGUCAUCUGGAUCAUCGUCACCCUCCUCGAUGGGAAAUGCUUCGUCUGUGCUUUCAGCAGCUCCGUUGACCCUGAAAAGUUUGUGGGGUUUGCCAACAUCACCCCUACCCAGACGCAGCUCUUGCUCUCCAAAGUGCCCUGCAAAGAUGACGAGCUCAUGAAGAACAACCCUGCCCGGAAGGCGAUCUCCAGGUACCUGAAAUGCUGGUCACAAGGCCUUGGCUGGAGUGUUUUGCUGAUCCUUAUCGUGGUAGCCUUCCUUGCCCGGUCGCUCAGACCCUGCUUUAAUCAGGCUGCCUUCCUGCAGACGCGCUACUGGAGCAACUACAUCGACAUUGAGCAAAAGAUCUUCGACGAAACCUGCUGCGAGCACGCCCGGGACUUCGCCCACAAGUGCAUCCUCCACUUCUUCGAAAGCAUGCAGCAGGAAAUCAAACUGCGACGUUUCAAUGCGCCCACGGAGGAGGCCGACGGCGGAGAAGGGGAAGAAGAUCACCUGCUGGGAAUCACAGACCAGGAACAGAUGAAUGAGCUCCUGAAAUCAUGGUACUACAGCAAGCCUGCCCUGGAUGUGAGCCAGGCAACACAGCGGCAGCAGUCUGCGGGUAGGGAGAGACUAUCCAUGCCCUGGGCAGAUAGCCUAAGUAACAGGGGGAAUGCACCACAAAAGGCCAAAACCUCCAGACAAACCGAUGUUUAAAAGGGUCCCUGUCACACCGAGAAGGCACCAAAAUGUGUCUUCCUUAAAAGCGAAGUCAGUUCCACGUAGCAACAGUGGAGGAUGAGGUGACUGAUAGACUAGACAGACAUGCAUACACAAGUGUGCAAACUGGCCCAAGCUUGAAACCUUGCAGCCCAAAAGGCAAAUGUUUCAGUACGUUAUGAGCAACAGAAGACAAGGUUAAAAUGGAAACACUUUUGUAGGCUUAUGGCAAUGGCCUGUGUAGUCCAUGAUUUCUCAUGGAAUCAGCUGGGGAACCCACCCGUUGCUAUUAAGCUGUACUCUACAAAGCUUUUAUAACCCAUGCACACUCAACAUAGUGCUCUGCCCCGUCUCAUGGUGGCUGGACCACAUAAAGAGGUUGACCUGCUACACCACUGGCUAUUAGAGAUGAAUCUUUCAGCUCAGGCAGUAUAGGCUCUUGCUUUAAGAUCCAGAGGUUCCAGGGUUGUACCCCUCUGCUGAUUCACCCAGAGUCACUGUUUUACACUUUCAUUGUAAUAAAAAAUUUCUAAAACCAGAUGGUUGUGAGAAAAAAAGCUUCCCGAUAAAAGUUUAAUCAGUGUAGUAACAUCUGCCUGAGUCUGCAGACAGCCUCCUCAAACAAUAGCUUUGAGAGGUGUGAGUUGUUCCCACAUAUGUCACUGGAGAGUGUUAACUUUUAAAACCUAAUUAGGAAAGUUAACAGUGCUGACACAAAAUUAUUUCACUGCUCAGUUUUUAAACAAACAAAUUAACACAGUUACCCAAAACCUCCUAAUGUCCUCCCAUAUUCUGAAAGCUCUAACUGCCCCAAAGCCAGCUGUUAACGUUUAAGUUGUCGCAAGAUGUUGGCAGGGUCUGAUUUCUCCCUUACCGGCCUGUUUCCCCCUUGAGUCCCUGCUGGAGGUCACUCUCCAGUUUCAUGCUUUAAGGGAUGGAGACAGUGGUGCUGGGGUCAUCGCAAGGGAAUCUCUGCAGCUCUGCUGGGUGUGUGGAGCUGGAAUGAGGACACCUGGGAAUCUCACACAGGAGAUUCCUUCAUAAACCCUGCUCCUUUGCCAACAUACAGAACUCUCCCUUUGCUAGAGCAGCUAAUGGUGCAUCAUAACCC